AUGGCCGAGCAGGAGUGUGUGGGCUUCAUCGACAUGGACUGCUUCUACGUCGCGGUGGAACGUACGCUCGACAAGUCCCUCGUCGGCGUCCCCUGCGCGGUCUGCCAGUACGAGUCGCAGCAGAAGGACACGAAGACCGUCGACCGGACGGAGAACCGGAAGGUGACCGUCGGCGGCGCGUCGUUGAUCGCCGUGUCGUACGAGGCGCGGGCGCGGGGCGUCACGCGGAUGAUGAACACGGGCGCCGCGCGCAAGCAGUGCCCAGAGCUCAUCACGGUCAUGGCACGUAUUCCGCGUCCUCGACGCGCCUUCGCUCUCUGCGCCAUCGACGCAACUCAUCUGUCAUCACCGCAGGUCCCGACCGCACACGGCAAGGCCAACAUGGCCGUCUACAAGGAGGCGGGCCAGGCCGUCUGCGAGGUCCUGGCCGACUUCGCCGAGAAGGUGGAGAAGCGGUCCGUCGACGAGGUCGCCGUCGACGUCACGCGCGCGGCGAAGGACCUGCUGGAAUCAACGCCCUUCGCCGAUGUUCUAGAAGAGGCCCUCGCGCCCGGCAGCCACCAGGCCGACAGCGCGGCGACGCUCGAGAUGGCGCGCGAGAGCCACGCGGCCAAUAGGAAAGGCUCUAAAGCGCAGAAGGAGCGACUGGAGAGGACGAGCGCGGGCGGCGACUACGACCAGGAGGAGCGCAUGCUCAUGGCCGCGGCCGUCGUCGUGAGCCGCGCGCGCAGGGCCGUGAGCGAUCGGUUGGGCUUUUCCUGCAGCGGCGGCGUCGCUCCUACAAAACAGCUCGCAAAGCUUGGGUGCGGGCUCCACAAGCCGAAUCAGCAGACCGUGGUCCUGCCGCGGCACAUCGACGGGUUGCUGCAGGAUUUACCGUUGGAUCGGCUCCAGGGUCUAGGGGGCAAGGAGGGCAAACAGCUCAUAUCGCGGCUGGGCGUCACGACGGCGGGCGAGCUCGGCGCGCUGACGCCCGACGAUCUAGUGAGGGCGGGCGCGGCCGACGAAGGCUCCGCGCGCAUCUACAUCGCGAUGGCCCGCGGGACGUAUCGCGAUCCCGUCGUGCACCGCAUGACGUACAAGUCGUUUGCUGCUUCGAAGAACUUCUACCGGGAGGCCCUCGACACGGACGAGGCCGUCGACGCGUGGCUCAAGAAGUUCAGCGAGGAGCUCUGGGAGCGCGUCACGAAGGAUCGCGAGAAGCACAACCGCGCGCCGACGAACGUGACGAUAUCAGUAAAUCGGGGCGGCAGUAGUGUCUCGCGGACGGGCCCCUUGUCGAUCGGCUGGGUAGGUUCGGCGGCCGUCGUGCACGACGGCGCUGUAUCAUUGUUCAGGAGAUACGCGCAGUCGAUUCAAACGCCGUACCAGAUCCAGACGUUAGGGGUGGGCGUCGGAAACUUCGUGGACUUACCGAAAGAAGGAAAGGGCGGCGGCAUCAUGAACCUGUUCAAGAGCACGAAGCCGGCGUCGUCGUCGCCGCGGCCGCCCGCGCCUCAGAAGCGGUCGUCGGGCGGCAUCGGAAAGUUCCUUGGCAAAGCUCAAGCGCCGCCGCCGCCGCCGGCACGGAAGAAGAAGCCCGCCGCGAAGGGCAUGGAGGCGUUCCUCGGCGGUGGCCCACAGAAGAAGGCGCGGCGCGCGCCCGCGGAGGUCAUCGACGUCGACGCGCCGUUGGUGCACCGGCCGGCGAACGACGUCGUGAUCGACGUCGACGCGGAGCCGUGGACCUGCUCGAAGUGCACGUACCACCACGCCGAGGCCGAGGCCGGAUUCCUCGCGUGCGCGAUGUGCGGCGCCCAGAAAGAGUAA